AUGAGCGACGAAGACAAGGAUUAUAAGCAGCGAUUAAUAUCGCAGCUUAAAGGGAAGCUUUGGUUUUGUAUUGAACAGCAAAUAAAGAAAGAAUUGCCGUCUGGAACGGCGUAUUCGCCGAAAUUCGUGAAUGCAUUGGUAGAGUUGACAUUUACGCAAUUGGUGGAGGUGGGGUGCGAUCUCGAGGCGUUCGCAAGACACGCGGGUCGCGCAACGAUUAAUGUCGACGAUAUGAUGUUAGUAGUACGUAAGUCUCCAGAUUUGAAGGCUGCGCUAGAGCAGGAAAUUGAGAGAUGA